CUUUUGGGAUGUCGCCGUUUUAUGACGUCAUUUCCAACCAUGUCGCAGAAUUCUAAAAUGAAAACGUUUUUUAUGUUAACAUAAUUUUCGCCUUCCGUCAUAAUGAGUAACAUUUGUAGGGAGGUCAUUACUCUUCAGCUGGGACAUUACUCCAACUUUGUCGGUACUCAUUGGUGGAAUUUACAGGAUGCAUCACUGUCAUAUGACCCAGAAAUGCCACCUGGAGAGAUCCAGAGUGAUGUCUUGUUUCGUGAAGGCCAAACUCUUGGUGGGAGCAUCACCUACACUCCGCGCCUCGUUGCUAUGGAUCUCAAAGGAAGUCUGCAGACUCUACGGCAGGAGGGAAGUCUCUAUGACACUGGCAAAGAAACGCCUGCUCUUUCCUGGGAUGGAAGCCUGAUGGUACAUAAAGAGAGCCCGCCUACGAAAAACUCCUUUCUUGAAGACCUGGACAUGUUGGAUUGUGGAGACGUACUGACAGAGGCACAUUUUUCAUCUGGCGCUCAAUCUCAAUGUAAACGUUCUCUAAACGUGGAUACUGUCAACAGUCGGCUUGCUCGAGUCCAGAAGAAUUACAAGCUGGAGGGCAGCGUCAAGGUCUGGUCUGACUUUCUGCGGAUCCAUUUUCACCCUCGCACCAUCUCCGUUAUCCACCAAUACAACCAUGAUGGUGAGGCUGAUCGUCUGGAGGCUUUUGGCCAGGGGGAAGCACUGUUGCAGGGGGCAGUGCUGGAGGAUCUGGAUGACAAACUUCAUUUUUUUGUGGAGGAGUGUGACUACUUCCAGGGUUUCCAGGUUCUGUGUGACCUGACGAAUGGCUUUGCGGGUCUUGGCUCAAAGGUCACAGAAAUGCUACAGGACGCGUACGGUGGUCGAGGAAUCCUAACCUUCGGGACGGCUCCCGUCAGCCACCCAAAUUCAACUCCAACGAAGGACCUCUACCAUCUGUUGAACUGUGCAUUAGGGAUGGUCCACAUGGCCAGUCACAGCUCUUUCUUCUGUCCGCUGACGCUGCGAGGAGGACUGGGCCUACGACCGUCGUCUCCCAUAAGCUUCCCUUACCUGAACUAUGACCCGUCACUUUGGUACCACUCCAGCUCGAUACUGUCUCUCGCUCUGGAUGCGCUCACGGUGCCGUACAGGCUGAGGAGCAACUGCAUCCCCAUGUGGCAACUGGCAGACUCGCUGUCGACGUCGGGGAGAAAGGUGGUGGCAGCUUACGGUGCCGUCCCGUUUCCAAUAACGCACGGCAGUUCGCUCCCUGAUGCCUUGUGCGCUUGUGACUCGUUGCCAUGGAAACCACUGUCUGCAUGCGCCGAAGCAGCCGACGGGCGAUGCUAUGGCCAAUGGGUGACACUCAAAGGCUUGGAAGGCCAAAGACUCACCAGUUCUGUUGCUCCGGGGAAGGAACUGCCAUCUCGCCUUCACAGCCUCCACAGCGGGGAAGACGUCCUGGCGUCUUAUAUCACAUCUUUCUAUCCUACGGCUCCUCUGGCUCUGCAGCUGGUAUCCAGGCCCAGUAAAGUGAUCCCACCUUUCCCCCAGAUAUUCAGUCAGUCUCUCAACAAUCGAGGUCUACAGGACAGCCACCUGCUUCCAACCAAUCCUCUGGCCACCCCACCGGACGUCUCGUCUGUACCAGUCAUCACAUCCCUCCAGUCGGGGCCUGCGCUGGACCAGUGGCUGUCGGAGUUGCAUCGCAGCGUCAGCGCUUUUGACAUUCGCCGGGUGGCCCCCAGCUUUCUUUCGCAGGGACCCGAAAUGGCAGACUACAGCGAAGCCCUGGAGCAGUUGCGCUUAUUGGCUCGGAAGUACCGGGACGAUAGCGGCGGAGCGACACGCUCAUCUUCUGAGGACGACGACGACUGACGUUGGGUUGGACGGACUUGUUUAAAUUACAUCAUGCUUACACUCCCCCCUUGAGGUACAGUGACACGAAAGCGGAGAUUAAAACUGUUCACUAACAUGCCAAGUAGAGGAGCUCUUGGGAAAGUAAACAGCAACACUCAUCUUUUUUAGGAUCAUGUGACUCUCCAUAAAUCACUUUGCAAUUUUAGUAUGACCUGAUGAUUCGCGAUGUCACUUUUAUAUUUUGCGUCAUGAGAUACUGUAAAGUAAGAAAGGCAGCCCGGUACUGUUAGAAGUGUAAUAUUCCUCUGGGUGCCGCGUCUAAAAACAUAUGCGAGUGGAUGAACUUGUUACAUUCAAAAACUUAUGAACUGAAAAUGUAACUUCUGGAGUGAUGACUGACUUGCUGUUGAUAAAGUCACCUGACCUCAUUAAGUAUGACUACCAAUGA